UCUAUCCCCACAGCUGUGUGGAUGCAACAUCCUAUUUGACUCCGACCUUUUAAAGAAAAGAGCUUUACCGAGGAACCAGGCGCCACAGCAAGCCUAAGGGUGCUGAGCCCCGGUAGCAGAGAAUCGUCCCUUGCAAUCAGGUUACCGUGGCAUUUGGUGCCAGCAUGGAGGCUCCUAUCUGUCUAGUGGAAAAUGAGAAUGAAGAGCUGAGGGUAAAUCCCAAAGCAAUAAACAUCCUUGAGAAGAUUAAUCAGCCUGUGGUGGUAGUGGCCAUUGUAGGACUGUACCGUACAGGGAAGUCCUACCUGAUGAACAGGUUGGCAGGACAGAACCACGGCUUCAAUCUGGGCACCACAGUGAGGUCUGAAACUAAGGGCAUCUGGAUGUGGUGUGUGCCUCACCCCACCAAGCCAAAAUUCACAUUGGUGCUUCUGGACACAGAGGGUCUAGGUGAUGUGGAAAAGGGUGACUCUAAGAAUGACUCUUGGAUCUUCGCUCUGGCUGUGCUACUAAGCAGCACCUUUGUCUACAACAGCAUGAGCACCAUCAACCACCAGGCCCUGGAGCAGCUGCACUAUGUUACUGAACUGACAGAGCUGAUCAGGGCAAAAUCCACUUCACUUUCUGAAGAAAUGGAUGACUCUGAUGAGUUUGUGAGUUUCUUUCCAGACUUUGUCUGGACUGUUCGGGAUUUCGUUCUGGAGUUGAAGUUAGAUGGAUGCGUCAUCACAGCAGAUGAGUACUUGGAGAAUGCCCUGAAGCUGAUUCCAGGCAGGAAUCUCAAAGCACAAAAGUCUAACAUGCCUAGGGAAUGCAUCAGGCAUUUCUUUCCGAAACGGAAGUGUUUUGUCUUUGAUCGACCUACAAAAGAAAAAGAACUCUUAGUCCAUGUUGAAGAAAUGCCAGAAGACCAGUUGGACCACAAUUUCCAAGUGCAAUCAAAAGUAUUCUGUUCUUACAUCUUCUCCAAUGCAAAAGCCAAGACCUUGAAAGAAGGAAUCAUUGUCAAUGGAAACCGACUGGCAACUCUGGUAACAACCUAUGUGGAUUCCAUCAAUAGUGGAGCAGUGCCUUGUUUGGAAAAUGCAGUGACAACUCUGGCCCAGCGUGAGAACUCUAUAGCUGUGCAGAAGGCAACUGACCACUACAAUGAGCAGAUGGCCCAGCUAUUGAGGCUCCCCACAGACACACUCCAGGAACUGCUCAAUGUGCAUGCAGCCUGUGAGAAGGAAGCCAUUGCUACCUUCAUGGAGCACUCCUUCAAGGAUGAAAACCAGCUGUUUCAGAAGAACUUGGUGGUUGCCAUAGAGGAAAGGAAGGAAGAUUUCAUAAGACAGAACGAAGAAGCGUCUCUCAGUUACUGCCAGGCUGAGCUGGAGAAGCUUUUGGAGUCACUGAGGGAGAGCAUCUCACAUGGAGAUUUCUCUGUUCCUGGUGGGCACAGCCUCUACUUAGAAGCCAGAAAGAAGGUUGAGCAGGGCUAUGAGCGAGUGCCCAGGAAGGGAGUGAAGGCAAAUCAUGUCCUUCAGAGCUUCCUACAGUCGCAGGUUACCAUUGAGGACUCCAUCCUGCAGUCCGACAAAGCCCUCACUGAUAGGCAGAAGGCCAUGGAAGCUGAGCGGGCUCAGAAGGAGGCAGCUGAACAGGAGCAGGAACUCCUAAGACAGAAGCAGAUUGAACUGCAGCAGGUGAUGGAAGCCCAAGAGAGAAGCUACAAGGAAAACAUGGCCCAGCUUCAGGAGAAGAUGGAGACCGAAAGGAAGACCCUUCUGAGAGAGCAAGAGGAGAGGCUAGCACACAAGCUGAAGACCAUAGGACACUUUCCACAAAUUGAUAUCAAGGCCUCUGUGACAACACCUGCACAACUCAUUGAACAUGGAGAAGUCCAGCUGGUGCCCAUAGCACCUUCACCCUACAUGCUAACAUCUGUGGCACCAGAAGAUACUCUGCAUGCUACCAAAGGAAUAGCAAACACCAGUCCAGCUGCAAACCUCUGAUCUACAAUGGUGUCCUGCCUGCAAAAUAUGCUAGUGCAUUUGUGGUACAAAGCUUGUGGGGAUAACCACCCAAUAUCUGAUUUGACCCAAGGUCCACUUCACAGAAUGAAACCUACAACUGCUUGGGUGACCAAGAACCAGAGACUAGAUAGCCCAGAGAGCCUAGAGUAAAACCAAACUAUAUACCCUCCUGUAGGAGGAAGUCUGUAUGCCGCCAUUAAACAUGUGACUUACUAGAGGCACAUACAGAUGAGAUAAUAUCACACCGCUAACCACACCCACUUUAGGCAGGACUAAAGACGUAUACGUACAUAG